GAAAUAUUUGGACCACAGCUUCCUUAGACCGAGAAGAGCAGAUGCAGUAUUGGCUAUCCGUAUGCGCUCAGACUGUAGAGCCAGUUCCUCUUCAGACUUGUUUAGACGUCUAUAUAGAAGUACUGGACGAAAACGACAAUGUUCCAUUAACAGAGCAACCAGCUUAUUACCCUUCGCUUCUGGAGAAUUCGGAGCCUGGCACGGCCUUGGUUCAUCUAAUUGCCAUCGACCAAGACUUGAACAAUCUGGAUGAAUUAACCUUUAAUAUAACGGCAGGAAACUCUCAAGGUCAUUUUGUCAUUGAUCCUAAAACAGGAGUUAUUCGAACCACCAGGCGGCAAAUUGAUCGGGAAACUCAACAAGAACACGUUUUAGGG